AUGGCCUCCAUCUCGGCUUCAGAUACAACGGCACAGCCCGAAAAGAAACUCUGGUACCGCGGCACCUUGUUCAAUGCCUGUAUCAUCGGUGGCGUGGGCUUCCUAGCCCCAGGCCUAUGGAACGCCAUGAACUCUCUAGGCGCAGGCGGUGCCCAGUCGCCGUUCUUGAUUAACGCGGCUAACGCCUUGGUCUUCGGUCUUAUGGGAUUCCUGUGUCUAUUCGGUGGCCCAAUUGCGAACCGCAUUGGUUUGAACUGGACUUUGAUGCUUGGUGCUGUGGGAUACCCGCUUUACUCGUAUGGAAACGUGUGGUUUGUCCUUCUAGGAUCUGUAUUCUGUGGUCUAUCUGCUGGUUUAUUCUGGGCGUCUGAGGGUGCCGUUGCUCUGGGAUAUCCUGAGCCAACCAAGAGAGGCCGUUAUAUGAAUAUCUGGCUGUGGUUCCGUACAGGCGGUCCGUUGCUGGGAGGUGCUAUUGUCCUGGGACUGAACCAUGACGGCGAUGCCCACAAAAAGGGCAAGGUGGGAUCAGAGACAUAUCUCAUUUUCGUCGCGCUCCAGUGUCUGGCUGUUCCUGUGGCGUACUGGCUCACACCACCGAGCAAGGUCCAGCGCAACGAUGGCAGCAAAGUCAAGAUUGUUCUGCAGGACUCCUGGCGCGACGAGAUGAAAGAGCUGUGGAAAGUCUGCAAGCGCAAAGAGAUUCUUUUGCUUUUGCCGGUCUUCUGGGCUGCGUACUUCAACCAGUACAGCGGAAACUUCAAAACAUACUACUUUGGUGUUCGUGCUCGUGCUUUGAUGGGCUUUGUCAGCUACUUCGCCAGUCUGCUGUCGUCGGCUAUAAUCAGCAGAUUCUUGGACUACCGUGGACUGUCAGUCAGAAACAGAAUCAAGUACAGUUUCUUCUACGUGAUCGUCGUGCACAUCGCUGCCUGGGUCUAUUGUUGGGUCAUCCAAGAAAAGUACACCAAGAACCCACCCAUGCUCGACUGGGCCGACAAAGGCUUCGUCGAAGGGUUCUUCGUCAUCCUGCUCUGGGGUAAGUUUGUUACCAGAAAUAUUGAUACAACACUGACCGCGACCAGAAUUCUCCCAGCAAUGUCUGCAAAACUUCCUCUACUACCUUCUCUCCACCAUGACCGACAACAUCUCCGAGCUCUCUCGACUUUCCGGUAUCCUCCGUGGCCAAGAGAGUUUCUCCCAAGCCGUGUCCUUCGGCAUCAACACCCGAGAGUGGAAAGGCGGAAGAGUCCCACUUGCCGUUAA